AUGGCCGCUUCGUUCGGAACUUACAUUCAAAUUCUCUCUCUAACUCUCCUUUUCACCGUCAUUAUCACUGUACAAUCAGAAGUCGCCGGAGAUCCUCCGGAAUAUUCCCCUUCCCCUUCCCCCCAACUGCCCGGUGACGCCCUCUCCCAGUCUCCUGCUACUCCCUCGAUAUCCCCUUCCGUAGCACAUUCUUCUCCACCAGCACCUCCGCCGCUAGAUUUCUCCUCUGCACAAUCUCCGGCUACAGGCGAGAACUCUCAGUCUCCUUCACUGGCUCCGGCGUCGGAGAUUUCGAGAGAUGUGAAUCACGCGAACCAGGCCGAUUUCGGUGACUUGGAGUCGCAGGAGUCGUCUGGCGGGAUGAAAAGCGGGCAUAAGGCAGGGAUUGUACUCGGAGUAAUUGUGUUUGCAUGCGUUUUUGGUAUCGGCACCAUUAUAUAUAAGAAACGCCAGCAGAAUAUCCGCCGCUCGCAGAAUGGGUACGCCGCAAGAAGAGAAUUUCUGUAG